CUAAUGAGGACAAUUUAAUGUAGUUAGGCCGUGACUGGCCUUACACUCCUAGUACAGUAGGUGGCGAUGUAUGCACCUUGAAAGUUGGAUACGAUCCGCCAAUCCUGAAGAAGAGAAAGUAGGAGAACCCAGCGUGUUUUUACGCCUAAAAUUAACAAACUCUUAUGACCAAAGUCAGUGUAAUAGAUACAGAAUAGCAACCUCGCGCGUUGCAUGUUUUCUGUCUGUAUUGCUAGAUAAUCACUUGUUAUUGUAACCUUGUCGUUAACUUAUCCAGCAAUCUCAGAAGAAACGCUUUAUUAGCCUAGCUAGCUACAAAGUUGUCUACAAAGUUGGCUUGGGAAGUGAGCUAAAGCUAGCCAUUCUAAGUAUAAAAAUCGACCUAAAUUCGAACGGGACAAUAUGGCAACUAAGAAGUCAUCUGAAAUGGACAUCUUCCUUUCCUUCUCCUCCCUACGCCUCCUGGCCCCUCCCAUCCGGCUGGUCUCUGCUGCCAUGUGGAAGGUGAUGAAGCAACGCGAUGUGAUGCAUUAUGGGACGCUGGAGGAGUUUGUGACAUCCUGCUGUGAGACUGUCCCUGGCCUGCUCACAUCUAGACACCAGGCCAAGCUGGCUCUGGGGCUGAGAUCACGGCUGAUCUUAGAGCUGUGCAAUGGCUCAGACCCACCAGAUCCAGCGGUUAUCCUUACCCAGCUGGAAAGAAUCCGUGGCCCCAACCCGUCCUCUGCCCUGAAAAAGGAUGUGAAGAUUGAAACAGCAGUGACCAACCUCCGGGACCUGGUUGAAAGCUUUCUGAAAGACCCCACAGAGAGAGAACUAUUCUACAAGGUGGAGUUUCUGUCAGAGUAUGGGCCUCAGUUUGACCAGGAGCUGGAGAAACUGCUGUGGGAGUUCCUGCUCCGACUGGACCAGCUUCUCCCAGUGCCCAACCUGGCUCAGACGGUGUCGUGGCUCACUGCUGCCCCUCCUGUCCUGGAGGAGUGUGCACAGGCUGCUUCCCAACCCCAGCUCCUGAGGACCCUGCUCCAGCACCAGAUCUGCCUGGGACACCUGGAUUCUGCAGCUCCUCUCUCUCCGUGUAUGGGCGACUACCUCCUCUCAUCACUCUCUCUCCCUCCCUCUGGAAGAGUGCAGCAAAGCGUCAAAUCAAGAUCUAAGCCUGCCUCGGUUUCCACCCCAAGCCCUCUGUCUUUAACCCCAUUAACUGAUUACAGACAAACAAACUUGUCAUUGCCCGUCGCACCUGUGAUUGGCGGGAUUUGCAACGAAGACCUUCCAGUCAUGGCUUCAGCCAAUAAGAGGGCAAGAACUUUCCAGGAAGAUGUUGUUAUCCAAUCGGUUUCAAGGGAUGUGGAGGAGGACGCUGAGUCAACAGAGAGGUCAAAAUAUACAUGGGUCAAAAGCAGAGAAGAGGAAUCCGAAGAGGACGAGGAGAUCAUGGUCAUGAGAAGAGGGAGGAAGAGGAGGAGUGUGAGAGACAGAGGGAGUGAAAGAGUGCUCCGGAGUGGGUGUGGGGGGGAGUUUGUUAGAGAUGGAGAGACUGAGAGUGACCUUCUUAGGGACUGUUUGGUCCAGUUGGGGAUUGCAAACCUCAAGGUUCCGGAAGACCAUCGCCUCUAUUCUUACAUCACAGCCUGUCUGCUCAACAAACCCAGGGUGCUCAUCCCCCGACUGAUUUCAACAGACAUCCCUGCUCUUUUGAAGUCGCAACCUCCUUCCUGCAGCAAUGGGACACCAACAGCAGGGGAAGGGAGCUCUCUAUGGGGACAGAGGCCCAAGUUGCCGGCGAUAACGGCAUGUCGGCUUCCUUCGACCUGGCAACGGAAGUUGAGUGACAGGUCAUUGACCCUAGAUAUGGGGUUUCCAGCAUCAGCUGACAAAGAAAAUGUUAACUUCUCCAGUAACCGGUGACACAGGAUGUCAAUGGAUAUUCAGAGGAUGAAGCGACAAAGAAUUUCAAAGGCAGUUUGUUUGUGAAGCCCUACUACAGGUCCAAGCACGACACCUAAGUGUCCAAACCUCAGCGAGUUCUUUAAGCCCGGCAUGGCCCGACGCCACCUGCUGUCUCAUGGCAACGGACACAGAUGACACUCAAUAAUUCACAGGUCUAUGGCAAAAUCAUUUCUCCUGGUCCCAGAUCUGUUUGUGCUGUUAUGCCAAUUUAUGCCAAUUUAUAUGGUCUGUUUAUUAGACAUGGCAAAAUCAUUUCACCAUCCACUGUAAGAAAAUAUUUAAUAGUGACUGACUAGCAGAGUUUUACAAUUCUUCCUAUCUGAAUCACUUUGGAAUAAGCAUUUUAAAAAACCUGGGUGACUUUUAUUGUGAAGUCAAAAGGAUUGACCUGUCACUAAACCUGCACUACCUGUGUGCUGUAAUACUUGUCGGUUCAAUUGGCCAACACAUUUUCUUUUAGGGGUAAUAGGAAUAUCUUGACAUAUUGAUAACUGAGGAAAAAACUUGCACAAAUUGAGAAGAGUUUUGCUAAUUAGUUUGACUUAUAUCUAAUUAUAGUUCAAUUGUCCUUUUAUAAUAACCAGAUGCAGGAUCUUCAAAAAGCAAAUAAUGAAUCAAAGGGAAAUUGAUGCAUCUGCCAAAUAGUUAUUUUUCACACAUCCAAUGUCUUAAUUGUGUAUAAUAAAUGUUGUAUUUACGA